AGGCAGGCAGGGCCGGGCGAGGGCGGUCGAAGCCGCCAGCGAUCUCGGCUGCAGCCGCCGGCGCUGCUCUGUACGCGGGGCGCGCCCUGACCCUUCCUCUUUGGGCAAGCUCGAGGGCGCGCGCGCGGUCGGCGUCCCGGGGCCUCGAACUCCAGGGCGGCGAUUGGGCAGGCCGCGGAUUGCUCACCCUGCCCCGAGCGUGAGUCCGCCGGCACUCGGCCGCCGCCAAGCGCGGGCGCCACUGGAGCGGCGGCGCCCGAAGACGCGCCUCGGGCUCGAGGAACAGCCCUGCGUGGCCACCUCGUCCUCUGCAGCCGAGCGGCGAUUCUGUGUGGAGGAAUCUCCUGGUCUCCUGCUUGAUCGGCCUGUGUUCUGGAAGCUGAUUUGGGGAAGAGGCUGGGGCCCACUGCUCAGGAGGACGUUCUUUUAAAGAAUUAUUGAAGACGAAGUUUUUUUGUUUUUUUGUUUUUUGCUCUUUGUUUUUUAAUGGCUUUACAGAAUUUUAAAUUGAAUACAGUUUGACAUGACGGCAAAAAAUGUUGGUUUGACUUCCACAAAUGCAGAACUAAGAGGAUUUAUAGAUCAGAAUCUCAGUCCAACAAAAGGUAACAUUUCAUUUGUUGCAUUUCCAGUUUCCAGCACCAACUCACCAACAAAGAUUUUACCAAAAACCUUAGGACCAAUAAAUGUGAAUGUUGGACCCCAAAUGAUUAUAAGCACACCACAGAGACUAACCAGUUCAGGAAGUGUUCUGAUUGGGAGUCCGUAUACCCCUGCACCAGCGAUGGUUACUCAGACACACAUAGCAGAAGCCACUGGCUGGGUCCCAGGUGACAGAAAACGGGCUAGAGAAUUUAUAGACUCUGAUUUUUCAGAAAGCAAACGAAGCAAAAAAGGAGAUAAAAAUGGAAAAGGCUUGAGACAUUUUUCAAUGAAGGUGUGUGAGAAAGUUCAGCGGAAAGGAACAACAUCAUAUAAUGAAGUAGCUGAUGAGCUGGUGUCAGAGUUCACCAAUUCAAAUAACCACUUGGCAGCCGAUUCGCAGGCUUAUGACCAGAAGAACAUCAGGCGAAGAGUUUAUGAUGCUUUAAAUGUGCUAAUGGCGAUGAACAUAAUUUCAAAGGAAAAAAAAGAAAUUAAGUGGAUUGGCCUGCCUACUAAUUCUGCUCAGGAAUGUCAAAACCUGGAGAUCGAGAAGCAGAGGCGGAUAGAGCGGAUAAAGCAGAAGCGGGCCCAGCUUCAAGAACUUCUCCUGCAGCAAAUCGCUUUCAAAAACCUGGUACAGAGAAAUCGGCAAAAUGAACAGCAGAACCAGGGCCCUCCAGCUCUGAACUCCACCAUCCAGCUGCCAUUUAUAAUCAUCAACACAAGCAGGAAGACAGUCAUAGACUGCAGCAUCUCCAGCGACAAGUUUGAAUAUCUGUUUAAUUUUGACAACACCUUCGAGAUUCAUGACGACAUAGAAGUACUAAAGCGGAUGGGGAUGUCCUUUGGCCUGGAGUCAGGCACGUGCUCCCUGGAGGAUCUGAAACUCGCUAAAUCGCUGGUGCCAAAGGCUUUAGAAGGUUAUAUCACAGAUAUCUCCACAGGACCUUCUUGGUUGAAUCAGGGACUGCUCUUGAACUCCACCCAGUCAGCUUCAAAUUUAGACCUGACCACUGGUGCCACCUUGUCCCAAUCAAGCGUAAACCAAGGGUUAUGCUUGGAUGCUGAAGUGGCCUUAGCAACCGGGCAGUUCCUUGCCCCAAACAGUCACCAGUCCAGCAGUGCGGCCUCUCACUGCUCUGAGUCCCGAGGCGAGACCCCCUGCUCAUUCAACGACGAGGACGAGGAAGAGGACGAGGAGGACUCCUCCUCCCCAGAAUAAAGACAGGCCAAAGCCCGCGUCUUACUGUUUGAUGCUCAUGUGUGUUUUUAGUGUGAGCUCUUGUUUUUGAAACGAUUGCUUCAGUCUUUGCCUUUGUUUGCACUGUGUGUUCAGUGAAAACUAGGGAAACACAAUAAGCAAAUUACACGAAGGCUGAGAUGAUUGGGAUGAAAGUUAACGUAGUGUGAAUGGAAACUCUGGACAACAGAGCAAUAGAUCACAUCGCAAACAAAGCGUGCUCUCCUGAGGUGGCAGAGGGGACAGUCCCCAGGGAACUGGCAGCAUGAAAAUAGCGCAUUUAUCUUCCGUGAGGUGGGGCCUCUGUGCCCCCCGCACCCACACAGCCCUCCUUAGCACCGAGACCGCCCCGGGGCCUGUCCCCGCCGCUCACGUGCCUCCCGCCCCCGGCCUGGGCCGCCUCUCACCCGGCGGCCGUGAACGGGAGGGGUUCCCGCGGGGAGGGGAUGGACCGUGAGGGUGAGACGCAACCCCUGUGGCCCGCGGAGCGCAGACCGAACCGCUGAACUAGUUGAAAGCCUAGUUGAGGUGCUUUACGCAUCAGCUGCCUUAGACGGCUUCUAGAAAGGAGUGAGCGUGAAAUCUUAAGUACUUAAGUGACAUUUAGAAUAAUUUAUAGUAAAACAGAAAUUACCAUUAGCCAAUGCAUUGGUGCAUAGAAUUUUCUAGGGCUACUUCUGGAAGCCAAAAUAGAAUAGCAUUUCCACGUGCAUUAAACACUUUGCCAGCACUGCCUUUCGCCAGCAUUCUAAAUCUGGAGUUUUAACAGAAGGAAAUUGUGUCUCGUUUUAAUCAAGGUCAAAGCUAUGCAUUUCACACAGCUUUUUCAUUUAAACAAAACAAAUUCCUAUGACCGAAUUGCUUGCUUACAGUUCCCCAUAAUAAUUGUAUGACUUCACCCAAUGUGCAAUUUGUGAAAAUGAACCAAAUGUCAUUACUUUUGUCUUAAAAGUAUUUCAAGAAUAUGAACAGCAAUUUUCCUGUACAUGUCACCUUUCCUACAUUUUCAUCAAUCAGAAUGACCAUAUUGGGUUUAGUCUGGGGUACAUUGCAUUUCAUACUAACCCGACAUUCAGUGUUCACAGAAAUACAGAGAAACGUUGACCACUCCAAGUGACCGGGUGUGUGGUCGUGGGUGUUUAGACAAAUGUUAUCUUGUAGCCAAAGGUGCCACCAGGACCCUUGUGGUGCUGGGCUCGCGGUUACCGCUCCCCUGAAUGGGGCAUGGAGGCAGGUAGGAGCCUCUGUCCCUCAUGGAGACGCCUGCCCCCGUGGCCAAACCCUGACCUAAGCUUACAUUAAGGCCUUGAGAAUGAGGAAAUGACCAUGGAAAAUGAACUCCAAAUCUUUGACUUGAAGCAUUUGGAUUUGCCCCUAGAUUCUGCAUCUAGCGUCUGUGGCCUGGGCCCUGAGCUCAGCCCCAGCCCCAGCCAGCUCUUUCUAAGCCCCUGGGAGUGCAGGAGCUGUGUGCAGGCUCUUGCACAAAAGCCCUGUGCCUGUAGACAGUGAGCUGGCGGGGAAGGGGCGCCGGCCAAACAGCUGACACCCUGGGGCGUGCCGUGUUAAGUUCCUUUGAGACAAAGCUCAGUCUGUCAAAAAUAAGCCAUAGUGCAGACCCAGAGUGUUCAGGGCAGAGGUGGGGCAGGUGGGGAGGGGUCUGAGCACACUCCGGGGGCCUCCCAGAGACAGGCAGACUGGAAGGUGGUUGGCUGCACAGUCAGGGAAAAUCGGGUGGCCCUUCAGACUCUCCUGAGAGGCCGCCUUUCCCUUCAGCAACCCUCACCUUCCUCAUCCCUGUACUUGGAGGGGGACCAGCAGGGACCCAGAGAGGCCAAGAGCCACAGCUAGCUUUUCAGAUUCUGAAUUUCGUGCUACAGGUCCCAGGCCUGCACAUCAGCAUUGGUGGCAGGCCUGCUCAUCAUAACCAUCGUGCAGAGGAGCAGGGUCCUUGCCCGGGUUCUAGGAGAAGGCUCCCUUCUCUGUUCUCUCUGCCGCUGUAGUGCUGUACAUUGACGAACUGUGGGUGUGGAAGAAAAAGCAACCAAAGACUCCUGUCAUUUGUUUUUGGUGGUGGUGUUUGGCAGGCAGGAGCCUCUGUCCCUCAGUAAAGUUUGGCUUCCUGCUGAGGACACCCCACAGAGCCGCACUGUGGUCACCAGGACACAUCACUGUGUAAAGCUUUACCUGAGCAGAAAGCUAGAUGAUGAAGUUUAGAAAGAGAAGUUUUGUUAUUCUGUUUCUCCCCUAAAUAGGUUUAUCUGGUCUCAAGUUUAUAGAAAUCGGAGAGAAGAAAUGUUAGGAGAUUGUGAUCACAGCCUUCAGGCUUCCUCAGAGGAGUGGCUUGGGGUUACUGGCCCCACGGACACCCCUCUCAGAGGGUGCUGGUCACAGUCUGCUUUGGGGGCAGUUCAGGCGGCCUUUCCCUCCCCCCUUCUCGGGCCAGCUUAGCUGGUGACCUUUCCGGCACAUAGUAUCACCCAGUCAGUGCAUUCUUGCCCUGUUAGCACUCGUGCGGGUGGCACACAGCCUGCGCUGUUUGGCCCUCGUGUGGAAGUGUCCACAGCAGUGCUGACGGCGCCCCGGCACCUGCCCAGCCCUCCCUGCCCCUGCCCCUGCCCCAGUGUGAUUCUGUCUCAUCCACUUCAUGUUGUGAUGACACGCUGAUGAAGGCAGCUUCAGUAAGUGUGGAUAUAAAUUGUGCCUUAUGAUCGUGGAGGUCCUGGGGAGGGGCCAGGAAAGGAGGUGCUAACAGUGACUCCUCACCGCUCGGUAAUGCCCAUCACUCCCCCCGCAGAACUUCACCAGUGAUGGCACUGGGUUUGUUCCCUUCAAUUAAAUGUCUUACAGAAGCAGUGGGAAGAAAACUAUACACGGCUUCUGCCAUUUUACCAGGUAAAGAGGGUAACUCCUCAUAGUUGUAACCACACUCGCCAUACGUGAGAUGAUGCCGGGUGAGCCCCAAACACAGGCGAGCCCCUGCAGGCAAUUCAGAUGGAGCGCUUCCACCACGGAUGGCCCUGUUCAGCUGUGCAGACAGCAAAAACCUGGCUGUUUGCUCAAUCACAGCCCCUCCUUGGCUACUUGGGUUGUAGAGACAGCAAAGUUUGGAUGAAACUUAGGCCCUGGUCGGGGUGGGUGUCCGUGGGGGCAGGGUUAGCCCAGGAAGGGAACUGCCUCAGCUGCUUAUGCUGUGACCACACUCAGGGAGAAGCCUGUUUGGCUGUGUCAGUGAUUGAAGGCCUGUCUGGCUCUCUCCCCUCGGGCGUGUCUGGGAGGUGGAUGCAAGACUGCUGUGAAGUGCUCCAUUCAGGUGGGAGUUGGACACUGAAUGUAGAGAUUGAAUCUUUCAGUAAGUGUUUGAGGGAAUACAGAACAGAAAACAUUCAGAUUGAUUAGUGCUGAGAAAAAAUGACAGGGCCAUGGGACAGUGGGGGAAGGCUCCUAUGGCUGGGGGUGUCCAUGGAAAGCCUCCUGAGAAAGUGACAUUUGUCAGGCAGGUGAAGGACCCCUCUGCCACGCCACCCUGUCCCAUGACAUGCACUUGGAGUCACUACCGAAUUCCAAAGGCCCCACCGUUCCAGCUUUAAGAAUACAUUUUGGAGUCUGUUUUGGAAUUUUUAAGAUUUAAAAGAAAACCAAACCUAGCUACCAGCAGUAUCCACAAACCAAGAGAACAGCCUCCCUAUGAAGUUCUCGUCAUUGGCUUUGUCACCUUCCAGCUGAACCUACACAACAGAAAAGUGACUAAAAUUGAGAACUUUUCUAGGUGUUUUCUUCUAGUUUUACAAGUUGUUAGAUACAUAAAGAUCUACUUUUUAUAUUAGAUACACAAAAGAGAACCUUUUAUUCUGCAUUUGGACUGGCUUUAGUGGCACUCAGGACUAUCUAAGGACCAUUUUCCCAAAUAGGUUCCCCAUUUUCAGGCCCCCAAGGCAGUGGUCCCCCAGCACUGACGGUCACUGGUGUGUUUAUCAAGCCCCACGGUGUGUGUGCCAGGGGCCUGCACCAUGCCUUUGACCCUCAGAAACGUUGCCUCCCUGCUGUCUAAUUCUCAGUUCAUCAUUUGUUAAACUUCCACUCAAGCCAAACACUGUUACCCAAAAGGAAAGAGUCUGAUGUUUUACCUUUUUCUAAAAAAUCCAAGCUACAUGCCCACAUAAAUGACAUUUCUCAGGAAUUAGUCAAGAUAGCUCUGAAAUUUACACUUAGAUAAGCUUCGGGACCCAGUUUUCCCGCAUACAUCUAACACACACUGUGCUAAGAAAGAGAAGGCAGGGCCACGAACUCUGCCCCUCCAGUUACGGCCUGCGAGUCCCUGGCGAGCGCAGGCGCGAGGUGGCCGCGGACGUGUGUUCACCGUGUGCCGAGACGGGAGAAAGCAUAUUCACUUGUGUGCAGCUGUUCUUUCAGACAAAACCUUGUGGUCUUACCUGGCCUUUGCUUUACACUAAGGUCCAUGAAUUCCAUGCUAUCCUGACCCCUUGCUGUUCCAGCAGACUGGACUUUGGUCCUCCCUGCUUAUAGCUGCCUUAGAAGCCAGUGUAGCUGAAACGGAAGGGCAGGACUCGCCCCUGCUCCACCAGGGGCCUCGAGCCGGGGGAGAACCUCUCUUCCACCCGCUGACAUGAAACAAGCCCAGAGCUUGACUUGCCGGACGUCCGUCGGCCUGUCUGGCAGAGUCUGCACCACAUCCAGAAUCUCUUCCUCCUGUGGGGGCUGCACUGCCCCCUACCAAGUGUGCUCUCACCACCAUCCUUCCAGAGGGCUUUGGUGUUGGCAUCAGCCCCUGUCACAGCAAGUGCUGAGCAGCUGGGGGGCAGGGGGGGACUUUGCUCACAAUUGCAGCGUCAGGCUGUGGUGUCAGCUCUGGGUCUCUCCACUUGGACGGCCCAGGCUUAGACGGUCACACCUGGGAAGAGACCUGUUCCUGGGCAGGACCAGCCUGCACAUCGGAGGGGACUUGAGAGGUUAAGUUACCGACUGACCCUUCUGUACCACGUGAGCUUGGUGUCUGUCUCAGCAUAACAAGGAAACGUCCUCAGAUCAUGUUUGGGUUUUAAAACCCAGCGGUUUAUCACUUCAGACUCCCCGUUUUGUCACUUACCGUGUGUCAUCUUUGACAUGCCAGGCACCACCUAGUAACAAGUGGCCUGAUGGUUCUGCUGUUCGUGACCGGAGUCAGAGGUGGGCCUCACGCUAAGUCCCUGGGGAUGCAGGCUUUUCUAAAAGGCUGCCCCGAGCACCUCACGGUUGUGUUCCCGGGUCGCACCACGGCGGGCCCAACCGUUCAGCGUCCUGAAAAAGGGAACCGCUGGCCGUGCCCAGCCCGGAGGAGCGGUUCAGUACUGCACGUUCCUCCAGGCGGCUUGUUUGCCAUCGCCACCCUGACUGUUAGACGAAAAGGAAAGGUCGUGAGCCCAGAUCCCCAGUUAGCUCACCUUUUCCUUUGGCGAUGCCGUACUCUGACCAUAUGCUAUUAGGUUUUAUUUCCAGAAAAUGUAGUUCUGCUUUUUUCUGCAUGAAGGAAACAUCAUGGUGCCACAUGCUUUAAGCAGUUUAAACAAGAGAAAUAAGGGGGAAAUGCAAACACCACAUCUGACCUGCCUAAUGUAGACUUUAUUAGAUUGAAGUACCUAACCUAAAUGAUGUAUUAUUUUGUAGCAUCUCAAACUUUGUAAAUAAAUACCAUUAUUUUUAUAUGGAAAUUUUAUAGAAGAGCUAUUUCUGUAUACUUAAUUAUUCCUGGAUUUUCUGAAAUUGCUUCCAGUAGGUAAAGGACAAGUCCUCACUUGUGUUCCUAUGAGGAUGGUUCAAGGACCACCCGCAGCAGAAUUGAUGGGGGUUAGUUUUUAAAUCUUGCAUCCCUGAGGCCCACCCCAGAAGCUCACUCAAAAUCUCUGCGGGUCGGGCCUGGGAAGCUGUAUUUUUAAUAAACUCUGAGUGAUUUUUUUUGUCCAUUAAAAAGUGAGUAUCUCUGUCCAUCCUGUAAGAUUAAAAGGGAUGAAAGAAUAAACAUUUGAAAUGAGUGUAAGUGCCCGAGGAAAAAAAUGUUACCAGAUUGUUCUGUGAUUUGAAUGAGAUGUACUAUAGAAAAAAUAAAUAAUUUAAAACAA